AUGGCAAGUGCGCAGGCCAAGCAAAGCCAGAGGAAGCUACGCUCUCUGUGGGCACAACCGGCAAUAUGGUGCAUCGCCGUUCUUGUGUCCUUGGCGGUGAACCUGGUCUCUGUUACUUACAUCGCCCCUCUAUUUGAGGAUCUCGGUGACGAAAGAAACAGAUACAAGGUGAACAUUGUGCACGAAAAAGAGAAGAAGACCGUUGAGAAGAACUACACGGCUGUGCAGGACACCAACAUUAGUGCUACUAGCGGGUCUCGGCCCAUUAAGGACUCCAUCAUCAAUCUCGACCAUGGCGACCCAACAAUAUUCGAGGAGUUUUGGGCGAGGAAGGGAGAGGAGGCAGCAGUCGUGAUCCCUGGAUGGCAAGCGCUGAGCUAUUUCUCGGAUGCUGGCAACGUGUGUUGGUUUCUUGAGCGUGAUUUUGGCCAGGAGGUUCGUCGACUGCACAAAUUGGUCGGCAAUGCUGUGACUGAGGACAGAUACAUUGUUGUCGGCACAGGCUCAACACAAUUGUAUCAGGCUGCAGUUUUUGCGCUCUCGCCUCCUGAUGCCUCGGAGCCCAUGAGUGUUGUCUCUGCAGCGCCAUAUUACUCGGCAUAUCAUACGAAGACGGCCUACCUCCGUUCGGGGCUAUUUCGAUGGGCGGGCGAUGCCCGUGCUUUCAAAGGAGAUUCCUACAUUGAGGUUGUUUGUUAUCCAAACAACCCCGAUGGGUUCAUGAACAAGGCUGUUCUCAGCUCGGAUACUGGAAAGACGAUCCACGAUUUAGCUUACUACUGGCCUCAGUACACGGCCAUCACUGAGCCUGCAGAUCACGAUAUCAUGCUCUUCACUAUCUCAAAGAGCACUGGCCACGCUGGUACCAGGCUCGGGUGGGCUGUAGUAAAGGACCAAAAUGUUGCGAAAAAGAUGACCAAGUUCAUAGAGUUGAACACGAUUGGGGUAUCAAAAGACUCGCAACUCCGAGCUGCUAAAAUCCUGAAAGUGAUUUCGGAUGGCUAUGAGCUCCCCAACACUGAGUCGCCGAUGAUUAGACUGUUUGAUUAUGGGCGAGAUUGCCUAGGUAAAAGAUGGAAGAGACUGAGAGAAGCUGUGAAAGCUACCGGACUCUUUAGCCUGCCUGAGUAUCCAACAGAGACCUGCAAAUUCACUGGGGAGAAUUUUGCUCCGUAUCCUGGUUUUGCUUGGAUGAAAUGUGAGAAAGAAGAGAUCGAAGACUGCGAGAGCUUCCUGAAGGGUUUAAAGAUUCUGACUCGAGGCGGGAAGCAUUUUGGAGUGGGCAUGAAGUAUGUGAGAGUUAGCAUGUUGGAUCGCGAAGAGACGUUUAAUUUGUUUAUCGAACGACUAGAAUCUCUUGCAUGAUGCAUUUGAACCACUUCAAGUUGUUCCAUAUUAAUUCGUCGAAUUGAGCAGUUUGUACAUCUCUUGUAGAUAAUUAAGCUGAGUAAAAUCUGCAAAAUCUGCAGCUAUGUUAGG